AUGGCUUAUGUGAGAACUUACUGUCCAAAGGUGCGAGUCGGAAACUGGGACAUGAACCUGCGCUUGGAAGAGGACGCAGUCAAAGAGUUCCUGGAGAGGAAGGAGAAGGGUGAACUCACUGUGCAGAAAGUAGACUUCCUGAAACACAACAUUUUGAGACAGGUGAAUCUCUCUGUGUCGAAGGAUGGUGGAUUGCACUUUGGAGAUGUUGUGAUGUUGGUGAAUGUGGGCGGGCCGGACAGAGAGUGCACCUCCAUCAGCAUCAACGCCGACAUCAGCAGUUUGUCGAAGACCUCUAACCCUGUCAUUCAAGCCCCAUGUGCAAUUAGUGCAGGACGAAGUUUGCAGCCCUGUGCACGCAAUGCCUUUAUCAUCACCAGUGUCGAUGGCAGUCCAGAGGGAUCGGCUCUACAUUAUGAGCAGAGUUUUGCCCUGAAAUCAACAAGUGGCUUUGCCGGAGGACUUUUUUUGACCAGUGACCUUCGGACUUUUCAGAAGUGUGCAAAGAAGUCCCGCCUCCAGGAAGUGAAUUUGGAGGAGGAUAGCUCUUUUGUGUCAUGGUGGAAGAUAUUGCACUUUGAUCCCCAGGAGAGGCUUGAAUACGAGGGUCAGCCUAUCCCUGCAAACGUGAAAGUGCUCAUAACACACUGCAAGACAAACCAGGCUCUUGCUGUUCUGGGCAAUCAAGUUCUUUGGACCACCUAUGGCAGAGAAUAUGAAGUGACGGCCCACACCUUCUUGGAUUCCCACAAAGCUGAGCAGGACAACAAUCACUGGGUGCUGUCCACUUCUGACCCUGCAGGGGACGGGCUUUUACUUCUUGAACGCUCACAGCCAGUGGACAAAGCCACUGAGCCAACACAGACAGACCCUGGCAUUUAAGCCAAAAAUAUAAUGACAGAAAACAAAGAGAUACAACAUCGUUAUCAACAGCAAUACUGUUUGAAAUAAAGAUG